AUGUAUACAACAGAACGAAACAUAGCAAGAAAAACUGCACGUUCAGUCUUUUUGCCACCUUCACCAAUGUCUCCCUUACUCACAACAUCUCCACAUCUCGAACCCACAGAAGGAGAUGUUCGAAGCCAACAUGAGUGGCAAGCGAGCGCUUUGAAGUUAUGCAACAUUCAUGACACAUCUAAGAAGUGA